CUCCGCUCGGUUUAUUUUCAUCUCGCCCUCCGCCGGAGCGGGGAGAGAUGAGAAGCGGACCUCGCAGCGCUCGGGUGUCACGGCGUCGGACGGGCUUGACGGGGCGGACCGGGAGGACGGAGCGGGACACGGAAAGGACCGGCGUGCACGGACCGGGACACACGCCGGGCAGCGAGCACGGGCCGGGACGCACGGAGCGCCGACAGCACGGACCGGACCGGACCGCCGACGGCACCCGAGCAUCCGCGCGAGGCGUGCAGCGGUUCCCCCGGACAGGCGCCGGGCGGUGCGUCCCCGCGGAGCCGGCUCGGGGUGGACUUGAGGCGGCUGCGGCUGCAGCUGCGACCCGCCGUCCGCCGGAGGAGUGACUGAGCCGGAGACAUGUACCAGGUGCAGGGCAAAGGGGAAAGGGUCGUUGCCAUGGUGCUGAAGGAGCUUCCUGGUAAAAAGGCCUCCUCUGAAGGAAACCCCCUCCUCACCGUGACAACCAAGCUGGUCGGAGAGCAGCAGGAGAGUCGCCCCCUGCUGAGUCCCUCCAUCGACGACUUCCUGUCUGCCGAGAGCCGCAGCGACGCCCCCUCCACCCGACCCCUCACCUCCAACACCGCAGUCCUGUCCACCGCCCUGGACCUGGUGGACCUCAGCGAGCCGGGGGAGGGCGGUCCCGUGGCGAGCAGCAGCAGCAGCAGCAGUAAGGCCCAGAGACGGAGCCCUCUGAGGAGGAAGGGCAGCUCCAAGAGCCCCCGCCGCCGAGUCCGGCCCGACGAGACGGAGCUGAUCCAGGUGGAGGUGGAGCACCUGCCGGCCAGUCCCAGAACGCCCGAGAGAGUCUCCCUCGACUCAGUCAGUCUCUCGUCCCCGCUGGACAAAUGGGACGAGGUCAACCUGGACGUGGAGGACGCCAUGGGCCGCAGGAGGAGACACGAGAAGAGGUGCACCUCCCACCACUCGUCCAGCGAGCUGCUGUGGUCUGCAGAGUUUAAGACGGAUCCACUGACCAAGAACAACUUCGACAUCCACAGCUUCGACGACCUGGACUUCAUCUCCUCCACGCAGGACUGCGGGGCAUCCAGACAGCGCAGACGGACUCGUUCUCUGCUGGCCAGAAAUGAGUCUCUGGAGGACGAGUUUGUCAGAGCGAAGGCUGCUGUGGAGUCAGACACAGAGUUCUGGGAUAAGAUGCAGGCGGAGUGGGAGGAGCUGGCCCGGAGGAACUGGCUGGAGGAGUCUGACGAGCAGCGGCCGGCCCCCCGAACCGUCUCCCCGGCUGAGAAGAGUUACUUCUUCAGCGCCAACAACCCGUACAGAGAGUGGCCCAACGCCUUCGCCGAGGGCCAGGAGAAGGCGAGAGAGGGAGACCUGAACGCCGCCGUGCUGCUGCUGGAGGCCGCCAUCCUGCAGGACCCGCAGGACUCCGAGGCGUGGCAGAUCCUGGGGACGACUCAGGCCGAGAAUGAGAACGAGCAGGCGGCCAUCGCGUCGCUGCAGAGGUGUCUGGAGCUGCGACCCAGCAACCUGCCGGCCCUCAUGGCGCUCGCCGUCAGCUUCACCAACAGCGGCAUGCAGCGGGAGGCGUGCGACGCCCUGCGCCGCUGGAUCAGCCACAACCCGCGGUACCGACACCUGGCGCAGAGCGGCAGGAGCCUGCAGGGCUCCCCGGCCACGCCGCGCCGCGGCCCCCGCCCCAGCACGCCGGCCAGGGCCGAGCUGCAGGACGUGCUGCAGCUCUUCCAGGAGGCGGCGCUGUUGAAUCUGGACUGCGUGGAUCCGGACCUGCAGACCGGCCUGGGAGUCCUCUUCAAUCUGAGCUCAGACUUCAACAAGGCGGUGGAGGCCUUCAGCGCAGCGCUGUCUGUGAGGCCGCAGGACUACCUGCUGUGGAACCGCCUGGGAGCCACGCUGGCCAACGGGAACCGCAGCGAGGAGGCAGUGGAGGCCUACACCCGCGCCCUAGAGCUGCAGCCCGGAUUCAUCCGCUCCAGAUACAACCUGGGGAUCAGCUGCAUCAACCUGGGAGCUCACAGGGAGGCGGUCAGUAACUUCCUGACAGCUCUGAACCAGCAGAGGCGCUCGCAGCGCUGCAGCCACCAGCAGAUGUCAGCCAGCAUCUGGACGGCCCUGCGGAUCGCCAUCUCCCUGAUGGACCGGCCCGAGCUGUUCCAGGCCGCCAACACGGGAGACCUGGACCUGCUGAUGAGGGCCUUCGACAUGUGCGACGUGUGAGAGCCGAGCCCCGGGAGGCCGCCGGUUACAGAUGGGUGUGAAACCAAAGAGACGGCUGCAGAUCGCAGGAAAACAAACAAACAAAAAAACCUUUUUCGCAAUAUAACAGCACAACCCUUUAGCUUCCUGUAAGAACUCUCUUUAUAAUCGCUGCAUCCGAUCUGCUGCUCCUUCCAGGGUCUGAACGCUUUCAAAUCAGCCCUCAAAGCAACAAAGUGUGAAACGUGACACUAAAGCGUUGAGCCCGUCUUUCUGUCUGCGGUGUCAGUUACUCAGCAGCAUUACGGUCACCGCUGCAGGUCCACGUCCCAGAAAUGCUGCUUCUGCUUUGAUUUUUCAUCACUUCGCUGUCCUCAAAGUGUUUUUUUUUCCACUCGCUCUGCGAGCUACAGCGACACGAGUCUUGGCAAAAACAUCUCACCACUGAAAAAGCACAAGUGAAGCUUAUGUCAACAGCAGUUCUGCUCCAUCUCUGUAAACCCCGUCAUGACAAGCACACAGCGGUAAACCUGGCGCUAGCAUGAAGCUGGAAUGUCGUCGGUAUUUGUUUCUAUGCUACCACGCAUUUCAGACUUUUUACACAACAAACGAUAGUUGAUGAAUCUGAAGGAAACUCUCCAUUUGAUGUUCUGAUGUUUAAAGUCCGGAAUUUUAAAUCCACAUUGAGCUUGUUCUCAUCUUGUGAAACACAGCUGUGAUUUGAGCGUCAAGAUGAACGAGCCAGUUAAAGCCGCUUGGGCCCGUUGACAUGUUGGUGUUUUGAUAUUGAGGGAGACGAUUUGUCAAGCAGUCGUGAAAGUGACAGGCGGAGGUCAGAGGUCAGGACGGAGGACGGCUGCUGUGCAGUAAAACUGCAUGAUUUGUUGAAAUGAGUGCUGGAGUAUCCUGGUUCCAGAGUGUCUGGGGCUCUGUUUGUUGGCUUCCUACAUCAUGGAUUCCAUUUCAGCAUAUUUACUAUUUACACCAUCAAUCUAAAAACCAGGCUGGGGCUUCGAAAACCAGGAUAUGACUUCACAUGACCAAAAUACAGUCAGAAAUACAAAUACGGUGCAUCAGAUGUAAAUGUUGACGUUGUGAAACAGGAGGAGUCCGUUUUCUGUUUCCUUACAGCUCGUCCAACCACAAGACGGCUCAGAUUCGAGCUUACAGCCGUCCAGUCCAGAACAUCCAUCCUGCGUAUUCCAGCUCUCGUCUACGUGACCGUGUCUCAAAUUAAAAAGUUUCAGAAAAGUUUUGCAUUUCGAAACAUUGAAGUCGACGUAACUGAUGUCAGGUUGGUUGUUUUUGCCAUGAGACCACAAGCACAUGCAGAGAAGAGCUUUUGAGAAGUUGUGUUUUCCACAGAGAGCGCGAAGUUCCACCUUGCGAGUCGUUUUCAAAAAGUCCCGCCAUCAGUGACUCCGAGCACCGUUGUCACGGUAACGGACACCCAGGCUGUGUGUUUUCACUUGGUGUAAAUCAGUAGAGAAUUAUGCAAGCAGCGCUAAUUCCACAGUCCCAAAACCGUGACAGUGGAGCGGCUUUAAAACGCUGAGGGAGUUUCAAAUCGUCUUUCUCCACACCGAUCCAUCUCGUCCGUCUCUCGUCAGUCUGAGGAAGUUUUAAUAAAAGGUACGAAGCCAUUCUGCAGUCUGCUGUCUGCAGGGAGAACGUGCAGCUGGCUCGCAGACCGUAGAGCUGUAAAGCCUGUAGCUUUUAUAAUAUAUCUGAAUGUUAGGGGAUGACG